GAAGCACAGCGGACACCAUGGUCCGGUGCUGGUGGCUGGCCGGGCUGCUUGUAGCCUGCGCGGCCGCGGAGCCGCCGCUGCGCUGGGAGCCGCCGUGUCGCCAGCAGCUGCGCCACCUGCAGGACGGCGCCGGGAUCGCGGCUCGGCUGCCGCCCCGACUGGACGGGCGCUGGGUCUCCACUGGGUGUGAGGUGCGGCCAGGACCCGAGUUCCUCACCCGAUCCUACCUCUUCUACACCAACCGCCUCUUCAAGGCCUACCAGUUCUACUACUGGGACCCCUCCUGCCGCGACCCGUCCUACUCACUGGUCAUCAAGGGCAAGCUCCGGCUGCGCCAGGCUUCCUGGAUCACCCGCGGGGCCACCGAGGCCGACUACCACCUCCACAAAGUUGGCAUCGUUUUCCACAGCCAGAAAGCCAUGAGGGAGGUGGCCUCCUGGAUCAACCAGACCUCUGGCGAGGGGUGCAGCGGGUUCCUGCCCCCGGGGCGCACCUGGGUUCCCGGAGCCCUCUACGAACUGCUGAGCACUAAGAGCGAGCGUGACUGCACCGCUGCUUUGGGCUUCGCCAUGCACGAGCUGAGCCUGGUGCGGGUGGAGAGGCAUUACCAGCCCUUGGUGCAGCCACAGCAGAGCGGGAGCCGGCUGGUGGAGGAGCUGUACCUGGGGGACAUCCACACCGAGUGGCUGGAGAGGCUCCACUACCGACCCACCGGCUAUCAACGGCCCAUGCAGAGUGCUGUGCACCACGUGCACCCUUGCCCAGCCUGUGGGAUUAUUUACAGAGCCGACGAGCACCACCCGCCCAUCCUGCCUGUGAGAGCACAGCUGCCCAUGCAGCUCAGCGGCAGCUGGGUGAGCACCCACUGCGAGGUCCGGCCGGCCGUGCUUUUCCUUACCAGGUACUUCAUAUUCCAUGGUAACAACCACACCUGGGAAGGUUACUACUACCACUACUCUGACCCACUCUGCAAGCAGCCGACUUUCACCAUCUACGCAGCUGGGCAUUACACCCAAGGCAUCCCUUCCUCCAAGGUGCGCGGCGGCACCGAGCUGGCUUUUAAAGUCACCCAGGCACGGGUGACGCCGAUGGACCAGGUGACGGUGAUGAUGCUGAACUCCUCAGAACCUGGAAGCUGUGGGCUGACAGGCUCCUGGAGCGCAGGGGUGGAGCAGGAUAUAACACCCACGAAUGGGUGUCUGGCUUUGGGCAUCAAGCUGCCCCACACAGAGUAUGAACUUUUCAAAACGGAGCAAGACACGCGAGACCGCAGCCUGUUGUACAUCGGUGAGAGGCCCACGGACGGGUCCAGCCCUGACAGCCCUGACAAGCGACCCACGUCCUAUCAGGCACCUCUGAUUCAGUGUGCUGGAGCCUCAGAGGAAUUCUCUAACUAUGUUAGUCUAAAAUACUCGGCAAAAAAGGAUGCUAACGGAAACAAAGCACUAAAACCCUUGCCUGUGGCCUUCUUACUGUUUAUAGCAGUUCUGUUUUUAAGAUGGGACUAGGUAUCUGUUGGGGUGCAGCACAGAAUUCACAUAGUCUUGGUGCUAGCGUGAUUUUUGUAUCCUUCAAAUAAGCACAUCUGGAAUCAGUUUCACUCAGAUUUGGAACCACUUUUUUAAAACACCCAACAACAGGGAAGGAAGCCAAGAAGAUACGCCUGGCUACAUACUGUUUGUCCUGUGGCCUCAUUGCCUAAUCUCCCCUCUUUGCAUACCAAUUUAAUGUAGUGACACGGAUGUGCUGCACAUUCCAGUAGAUAAUUUAGCAAUACGAGGGGGGAAAAAAGGCGACAUCAAUUGCAAUCGCCGCUUUGAGCUUUUGACAUUGCUAAGAUUUAACCAGGAGCUUGAUUCAGAUGUAAUUCAAACACCCCAAGUGUCGGCUGCUGAGUUUCUUUGAGGUUAAGUUCCCUCCUCCUUGCUGUUCUUGCAAAUUUAAUCUGCAGAGUCAGUCAGCAACAGAUCAACAGUGAGCCAGUGCUCCUGCUGAGGGCUCGGUUAAUCAUGCUGCUCUGUUUACAGACAUUUCCUGCAGUUUUCAUGCACAUGUGCACACACAAAGAUGCAUCACACCAUCUUCCACUGACAGACAGACAGCUGCACUUGCACAGCGUUACCUCCACAGACUGUCGGGUCUGACCUUGGCCAUAAAAGAAGGUACAGUACGUGGAAAACACCUCCGUGCACAAGUGCUCAGCUCCACCCUUCAGCAUUCUCUGGCUGCAGACGCUGCCUCUCGCCGCCUGUCGCGCUUCCCAGCACAGCACUGGCCGCACCUGGGCACCUCAGCGAUGGCACCGCGGGCACUGGCACCACCGACCCCCCUCGCCAUGCACCCAGCAAAGCAGAAGAUCUCUUACAAUUCUUCUCAGGCCAUAUACCUUUGCUGUCUCCUUUUUUUAGUAAGUGUCCUGGUGUAGCAGUUGCUAGUCCAGCUCUUUCAGUCCAGACGUCACUUCCAGGUGCUUUAUAAAUCUUCCCUUAGUGAACAAUGGGCUGAGGAGAAUCUCGGAUCAGACACUUUCGGGCCAUCAGUCAGGUCAAACCGAUUUCUACUGGCAAGAAGGACAAACUAAGAAAUUGUACUUCCCAUCUGCUGCAGCUAAGAAGCAUAUAACUUACUUGGAGAAACCCUCCUCCCAGUAGCUAAAUCCUCUCCAAAUAAGCCUAUAUAUCUUACUCACAAAGGAUAUUUUGUUAAACCAGCUAUGCAACAGCUACCUUCUUAAUGCUGUAUUUACGAACUUGCAGCUUGUAUUUAGAUAAAUUAUGGGGUUUAUAACAUAAAAAUACUUUUGGGGGAUGUGUACAUUACCUAAUAAUUCAAAUGAGAUGCUUAUU